AUCGAUGCAUCGUUUGCAUCCCUAUUCAUGCCUAGUUUUGUGUUGUUUUGUAAGAAAGAAUUUAUGUUCUUAAAAUUCUGUUAUCACGAGUGUCGGGCGUGAAGGAAACAAAGAUGCCAAACAUGGUAUUAACAUCCACCCAACAAAACAUAAGUGGCAAUAGAGCUGUCCAUAAAGACUGCUCUUUUUCCACAGAGGCAUUUAUUGUAGAAAAUGCCAACUGCUUUUUAUGUGGUCGCAAUUUCGUUGAAGGGGAAGGUACUUUUUUAAUCUUUGAAAGCCGGUUACGUGAUGAUGGAGGAGUUGAUAAUCCUUUAUCUAUUAUAUUAUCUACGGCACUUGGCAGAGAUUUGGAUGAAAUGAGCGCUCAUUCAUCUUUGCUUUGUGAGGCGUGUAACAAAAACGUUUUGGAAUUUGAGAGGCUCCUUCAAAAAUUUUGCGAAAUGCGCGUUCAAAUAAUUACUUCCUUCAAUCGGACUAUACAAGGCUAUAAUAUCGACCCAAUUCUAAUUGAUUUUGAAUGUGAUAUGGCUCGUGCAGAUGGAACUGGCGCUAAAGAGGUUUUUGACGAGGCAAUCUUGGAAGAAACAAAUUGUAAUAGCAAAAGUCUAAUCCUAGUUGGAUCCCAAAGUGCGGGUGUUUGUGAAGAUAAUGGUUCAGAAAAAAUACUUUCGGAGGUUUUCGCUAAGUCAGAAUUAGAGUUUGUGGAUGAAGUAUCGGAUUUAGUAGAGGAAAUUAUUGACAAUGACGCGAUUGUUAGCGAAAGCGGUUUGUCAAACUGUGGGGCUCCAUGCACAGAUGAUUACCCAGAUAACAAUUCUUUGGAGAGUGAUGUUUCGGAGUUAUGUGUUAAUACGGAACAAGCCUCGACACUUCAUUAUGUAGGCAAUAAGGGAAAUUCAGUUUAUGAGCAUGAUAUGGAUGAAGACUUACCAUUUGAUAAACUGAACGCAAUUUUCGAGCAACAAGAAAAUUUUUACUUUUGUCUAUUAUGCAAAGAGCAAAAGGCAAUGACUGCGGAUCCAUUUGCCGAUCAUAUGUUUGAAAAUCAUGACAUAGAUUUUUAUUCUUGUGAAUUUUGUUUCAGUGGGUUCCUUUCUGCGGAGAAUCUAAAAAAACACGUCGAAUACGUUCAUAUCGCUACAAAGCCAAAGUCUGAAGAAUCGAAGUGUAGUAUAUGUUUUCAAGUUUUUGUCAAUCAAAGGAUGUUACGUUUUCAUAAACGCACGCAUAACAACGCCACUUUCCAAUACGAAUGCUCGGAGUGUAAUAAGAAAUAUAAUUGUCGGAAUCUGCUUCUUGACCAUAUGAAUAUGCAUACAGGGCAACGACCGUAUCAAUGUUCAAAAUGUCCCAAGGACUUCGCUUCAAAAUAUACAUUGCAGGCGCAUAUGAAAAUACAUAGUGAGCGACUGCGCCCUUAUAAAUGCGAAAAAUGUAACAAAGCUUUUCUUAACCAACAAACUCUUACGCAUCAUAAAAGGCUACACUUGGGUGAAAAAACAAUCAUUUGUGAUAUAUGUUCAAAAGCCUUCGGCACCCAGCACAACUUAGAUGUCCAUAAGAUUGUACAUUCCGGACAACGACCAUUCAUAUGCAGAACUUGCGGCAAGGCUUUUGCUCGCCGCGCUGAAAUCAAGGACCACGAACGCAUCCAUACUGGGGAGAAGCCUUAUAAAUGUGAUAUGUGCGAUGCUGCUUUUGCACAACGGUCAAAUCUGAUGACGCACCGAAAAUCCACACAUUUAAAUGAAAAAUUACACAAAUGCGAUCAAUGUGGGCGUUCCUUCAAAAGACGCCGCUUAUUGCAGUAUCAUAUUAAUGCCGUGCAUACGGGUAUCCGGCCUCACGAAUGCGAAAUAUGUGGUUCGUCUUUUGUCUAUCCAGAACACAAGAAAAAAACACAUGCUUAUACAUGGAAACAGUAAACCUUAUAUUUGUGAAGUUUGUGGUAAAGAGUUCAACAGUUGUGCAAAUCGAAAUGCCCAUCGCUUCGUACAUAGCACAAAGAAGCCGU